AUGACUUCCCUAUUCUUCUCCACUCCGGUCGACAUCGACGUCGUCCUCGAGGACAGCGAUGAACGUCAGACAGUUGAUGUCAAACUCGAUAAGGGCCGCCGUGAGCGAGUCCCUCUCUACAUGGACGGAGAGUCGGUCAAGGGUGCGGUCACGGUCAGACCUAAGGAUGGGAAGCGGUUAGAGCACACAGGCAUCAAGGUGCAGUUUAUUGGCACUAUCGAGAUGUUCUACGACCGAGGCAACCACUACGAAUUUCUAUCACUGGUGCAGGAACUUGCAGCCCCCGGAGAGUUACUACACCCGCAAACCUUUCCUUUCAACUUCAAGAACGUCGAGAAGCAGUACGAGUCGUACAAUGGUAUCAAUGUGAAGUUGCGGUACUUUGUCCGUGUGACGGUCUCGAGACGGAUGGCGGAUGUGAUCCGUGAGAAGGACCUCUGGGUUUACUCGUAUCGCAUGCCCCCGGAAACCAACAGUCCAAUCAAGAUGGAUGUUGGUAUCGAAGACUGUUUGCAUAUCGAGUUCGAAUACUCGAAAUCGAAAUACCACCUAAAGGAUGUCAUCGUCGGACGGAUCUAUUUCCUGCUUGUGCGGCUGAAGAUCAAACAUAUGGAGCUAUCCAUCAUUCGACGCGAAACGACGGGAUCUCCCCCAAACCAAUAUAAUGAGAGCGAGACGUUGGUGCGAUUUGAGAUCAUGGAUGGCUCUCCUUCGCGAGGCGAAACCAUCCCUAUUCGUUUGUUCCUCGGAGGUUUUGACUUGACCCCUACUUUCCGUGAUGUCAACAAGAAAUACUCAACACGAUACUAUCUGAGCCUGGUGCUAAUUGACGAAGAUGCCCGUCGGUACUUCAAGCAAUCCGAGAUCACACUCUACCGUCAAGCUCCCGAGAUUGCGGCAACGCCCCAAAUAGCUCAACAGCAACAGAUCCAACAGCAGCAGCUCCUCCUGCAGCAGCAACAGCAGCAGCCACUGCCGGAAGGUUCAGCCACGGCUGGGCCUGGACGGGAGACCUAUCGCAGCCAGACAGUCUCGGCUCCUGCGGCCUAA